AUUAAGUCUCCGUCCUAUAUACAAAUGCUCAAGUUCUCGACCAAAGGCGAUAGAUUUCUGAUGCUCCUGGGAACCGUAGCCGCUCUAGCUUCUGGAGCUGUUGAUCCACUCAACCGACUUUUCUUCGGAGAACUCACUCAGAACGUCAUCGAUUAUGCCCGUAACUGCUCCGUCAACGCGCAAGUGUGUUCAGACUCAACUGACGUGUUUAUGGAUGCGAUUGCUGAGUUCGCCUACAAGAACGCUAUCGUUGGAGUUGCAUCCCUCAUUCUUUUGUAUGUCGCGUCAGAAACAUUCAGCUACGCCGCUAUCCGACAGGUGUUUAAAGUACGAUCGCUGUACUUGAAAAGUCUAUUGAACAAAGACAUUUCGUGGUAUGAUGUAAACACCUCAGGGGAUUUUGCUAGCAGGAUGGGAGACGAUUUAUCGAAAUUCGAAGAUGGAAUCGGCGAAAAGAUUCCUCUCUUCCUAGCACUACAGGGGAGUUUUAUAUCGUCCUUGGUCCUCGCCAUUGUUAAAGGGUGGGAACUGGCUCUGAUUUGUGUGGUAUCGCUUCCCAUUUCCAUAACUUCCACAACAAUUAUAUCGUUUUUUAUUACGAAACUCUCCAAAAAGGAGCUGGACGCCUAUGGUGCGGCGGCUGCCGUUGCUGAAGAAGUGCUUUCCUCCAUCAGAACAGUCGUCGCAUUCGGUGGACAAAACAAAGAAAAGGAACGCUACGACAGCAAACUUAUCACUGCCAGGAAAUGCAGCGACAAGAAGACAUUUUUACAGGCCAGCUCCUACGGAAUAUAUUGGUUUUUUAUUUUGUCCAGUUACGGUCUCGCAUUUUGGUACGGCAUUAAACUGAUGCUCAACCAACAGGAUUGGAAGGAUCCCGUUUACACCCCUGGAAAUAUGGUUACCGUAUUUUUCAGCGUCAUGACUGGCAGUCAAAACUUUGCGAUUGCGGCGCCUUUCAUCGAAUUGUUCGCUGUUGCCAAAUCGGCCGGUGGAAAGAUAUUUCACAUUAUUGAGUCGAAACCAGUAGUCAAUUUAUCGAAAGGCUACGGCGAAAAGCCUGAUGGCGUUCGGGGAUACAUCAAAUUUUCAGACGUCAGUUUCAGUUAUCCUUCAAGAAAUGACGUACCAAUCUUCCAAGGAUUUAAUUUGGACAUAACGGCAGGAGAAACGGUCGCCCUCGUUGGGAGUUCUGGAUGCGGAAAAUCGACGGUAUUGCAAUUAAUUCAAAGGUUUUGCGAUCCGAAUGGGGGAAAGGUUUUUGUUGACGGAGUAGACAUCAGAGAUCUAGAUCUAUCUUGGUACAGAUCUUUCAUUGGGGUUGUAGGUCAAGAGCCGAUACUUUUCGAAACUACCAUCGAGGAGAACAUCAAGUACGGAUACCCCAAUGCGACUUUCGAAGAUGUCGUCGCGGCUGCAAAAAAAUCGAACGCUGAUAAUUUUAUCAACAUGCUUCCCAAUGCGUAUAAAACCAUCGUAGGUGAAAGAGGUGCUCAGUUAUCUGGGGGGCAAAAACAACGUAUAGCAAUCGCUAGAGCUUUGGUUAAAAACCCUUCGCUACUCUUGUUGGAUGAAGCUACGUCAGCGUUAGACACCAACAGCGAAGCGAAAGUUCAAUCUGCAUUGGAUUCGGCAAGAAAACAAUGUACAACCAUAAUAGUCGCUCACAGAUUGUCGACGAUAAAAGGUGCUAACAAAAUCGUAGUUCUAUCCAAAGGCUCUGUGGUAGAACAAGGGACACACGAAGAACUAAUGGCUCUCAAAGGGGAAUAUCAUGCUUUGGUAACCACCCAAGCCAAGUCGGAAGAAUUAUUAGAAAAAAAUUACCAGCGGGAAAGUACCGAAGUUGAAGACGAGGACAGCAACAUUAAACUUGUGAAAGAAGAGCUGACCGAUGUGGAUCAGGAUGUAGACAUUUUCGUAAAAAAAGCAUCGAUCUGGUCUAUAGUCAAAAUGAACGCUCCUGAAUGGUUUUAUCUGAUCGUGGGAAGCAUAGGUGCGGCUUUGAUGGGCUGUUCGAUGCCUAUUUUUGCAGUUAUAUUUGGUAGCAUACUGCAGGUUCUUGAAAACACGGACGCAGACUACGUGAGAUCAGAAACAAAUAAAUACUGCCUCUAUUUUGUCGGAGCCGGUGGCUUGGCAGCCAUUUCCACAUUUUUACAAGUAUACAUGUUCGGAGUGGCGGGUGAAAAGCUUACGCUAAGACUUCGAAGUCAGAUGUUCGAAGCCAUGCUGCGUCAAGAAAUGGGUUACUUUGAUCGCAAAACAAACGGAGUUGGUGCGCUCUGCGCUCAGCUUUCCGGUGAAGCAGCUCAUGUUCAAGGGGCCACUGGGGUACGGGUUUCCUCCAUCAUGAAUUCAAUGACCGGCCUUGUACUCGCCGUGGUUUUGUCUGUGUACUACCAAUGGAAAUUGGGUCUGGUAGCGCUGGGUUUUUUCCCGGUAAUGAUAGGCGGCAUAUUUCUUCAACGGCAAAUGGCAUUCGGCGAGAACGAGGAAUACCGCAUCUCUUUGCAGAAGUCGACUAAGGUUGCUGUAGAAGCGGUGGGGAACAUUCGAACUGUGGCCUCCCUUGGAUGCGAGGAGGUGUUUUAUCAGAUCUAUGUGGCGGAACUGCUUCCGCACAUCAAGAGAAGUAUCAAAGGUACGCACGGACGAGCAUUAAUUCUUGGAUUGUCCCAAGGGCUAUCUUUCUUCGCGUACGCGACUUGUAUGUACUAUGGAGGGUAUUUAAUUAAAGACAACGAAGUGGAGUAUGGCGACGUGUAUAAAGUAUGCCAGGCGUUGAUAAUGGGUACCAAUUCCAUCGCCAAUUCGUUGGCAUUUACGCCCAAUAUGGACAAGGGACUCAGAGCUUCCAAAAACAUCAUGAAUCUCCUUAACCGCGUUCCAAAAAUAAGAGACAAUCCAGAGGCCGUAGACAAAACUUUGGCUAAUGGCAAUGUCUAGUAUUCCAACGUAUCCUUCUCAUACCCGACAAGAGAAGACGCAACCAUAUUGAAUGGGUUAGACUUAAAUGUUCCCCAAGGUAAAACAGUAGCCCUGGCAGGAUCUAGCGGCUGU